AUGCGUCUGUCCCGUAUGACGUUCACGGCCGCCUGCCCACCACCCUGCAUGUGUGCUAGCGACAUCAUCUCCUGCAGUGGUCGCAAUCUGUCAACCGUUCCCCCUGACCUCCCUGGCUAUGUCACCCGAUUGGACCUCAGCCACAAUGUCCUCUCUGCUCUGCUCUUGGAUUGGUCAGACCGGCGUUUGGACAGGCUGACCGUACUGGUCCUCAGCCGAAACGCCAUUAUCCAUCUGGCACCGGACGCCUUUGCCCCCACCCCUCACCUUCGCCACCUGGACCUCUCGUCCAAUGGGCUGUCUCGGCUCAAUGCAUCUGCCUUCCAUGGGCUCGGGGAACUGGAAGUGCUGCUUCUGUUUGGAAACCGCAUCAGUCAGACCAUGGCGGGAGCCUUCCAGGGGCUGAGCAGCCUGGAAAGGCUGUAUCUGGGCGGGAACAGACUGACUGCCUUCCCCCUGGAGCUCUACCAGCGAAAUGUGGCUCUGCCACACCUGCGUUUCCUGGAUCUGUCGAUGAACAUGGUGAGGCAGGUGCCCGUGCAGAGCCUACUCUCUCUGGCCACCUGGCAGCAGGGUGGCAUCUACUUGCAGGGGAACCCGUUGGUGUGCGACUGUGCCCUGCGCGCCAUGCUUGAGUACUGGGAGAGGAGGCAGUACCGUCCCCUACUAGACUUCAGGGAGGAGUAUCCAUGCAGUCUGAGUCAGGAGGAGUGGCUGAAUUGUUCUGGCAGCCCUCAGGGUGUGUUCCAUGGAACUGUAGAAGUGUCUUACCAGGCAGAGCCAGGCGAUUGGCUUAUGGUGCCGUGCCCUGGCGUUUCUCUCCCCUUCCAGGAAGGGGUGGUGGUGUUCUGGGUGACCCCACGCGAUGGAUCCCCGGCACUGGGCGUAACAGACGAUCAGAGCAGCCGCCUCACGGUCCUCACCAACGGUACGCUGGAGAUCCGAGGGGCUCUCCGUGGGGAUUCAGGGACUUACUCAUGCGUGGCAGUCCGCGGUCGACACCGGAGCUCCAACGAGACUUUGGAGGUCACCGUCUCCGUAGGUAACCCCAGCGGACCGGGCAAGAGCGGGGAGGAACGUAGCAGCGGCGGGGAGCAUUUUAACUUGGCCUUUACCACGCUGGUGUCCUGUGUGGUCAGCAUCGUCCUGGUGCUCCUCUACCUGUACCUCACUCCCUGCCGUUGCCAUGGUGGAAAGGCCGGGGGAGUUGGUGGGUGCGGCGGGCGAGCCAUGCUCCUCUGUGCAGACCCCAGAGAGGUGGAGCUCGCAGACAGAAGGGUCACCGGUGGAAAGAGGGUGGCCUUCCUCGAAACGGGGGACGAGCACCCCCACAAAUGCAGUGCCAAGCACCCAGUAAUGGACGCUGCAGCCACAGAGGGCAUUUUGAAGAACGGAAGCAGGGCCUUGGAGCAGGUUCUCGAAGAACACGUUGCGUAG